UGAAUUGCAGUUGAUCCUCCGCUAUCCCACAACACCAAGCGUUUUGGUGACUAAAACGCGCCUGCGCGUUCCGCUCACCCUCUUUCGGCCCUACAUCUUGUCAAUAGUAAUGGCCAAGCGCACCAAGAAGGUGGGGAUUGUGGGGAAGUACGGCACCCGUUAUGGGGCCUCCCUCAGGAAGAUGGUGAAGAAGAUUGAGAUCAGCCAGCACGCCAAGUACACCUGCUCCUUCUGUGGGAAGACCAAGAUGAAGAGAAAGGCUGUAGGUAUUUGGAACUGUGGGUCCUGUAUGAAGACUGUUGCUGGGGGUGCUUGGACAUACAACACAACAUCCGCUGUGACAGUCAAAUCUGCCAUCAGAAGACUUAAGGAGUUGAAGGACCAGUAAUCUUGACGGAGUGCUUGCUUUUUGUACAGUUAAGAGAUUUCAGUGACUCGAUUGUGAUUCUUGAACAUCCCACAAUAAAAUUUGUGAGUCAACUCUU